AUGCUUGUUGACCUGCUUGCAAAUUCGAGACACAUCCACACUCAUCCCCCCUCCGCCGCCGCCGCCUAGGUCCACUCUUUUUGGUCACUCAUCAUCACCCAACCGCUCGCACAAAGUCUCUCGUCUCCCACCUCGUGCUCGCGCUCGUGGUCUUUGAAAAGUCUCCGCUGACUGUUAGUUACCAAGUCUCCUCGCCCACCCUCAUAAAAAUCCCCAUCCCCCAACUCCGGAACUCCCUCAAUCUCCCCCAAAUCCCCACCCCGUCGGAAGAUGGAUAAGCCCUCUAACGAACCCAACACCUUCACCUACGACUCCCCUCACCCAAUCUACGCCAUGGCCUUCUCUCCUUCCAUCUCCUCCCCUCUACCGCCUCGCGUCGCAGCUUGCCGGCGAGACCGCACCAAACCGCCGUGCGACCAAGUCCAGGACGAUUACUCCGCCCCGCUGACGUCUUCGACUGGACGAGGACCGGAGCCCGUUCGAUUGUGUACCUCCAGCAUCGACAGUCACCUGCACCAAUUCUUGGACGUCGAGCGUCGCGCCGUCAAACCCGACUUCAUCGCCCACGAUAAGGAGGUCUGCAUUGCCUGGGGCGAGGCUGGGGUUUUUUCGGCUUCUGUUUCCGCGAUGGUCGGUCAGCGAAUCGUUGAUCCUGCGGGAUAAAGGACAUCCAUCUAUGUGUACGAGAGCCCAGGCACCGACAAACAGCCGCUGCUGAGAAUUGCGUGGAACAAGAUGGAUGCUGAGUACAUGGCCACGAUCUGA